GCUUCAGUCUUCCCUAUCAUCUGUCGAGCCCCAGGCGCACUGUUGCUUCGUCCUGCUUGUUUGGUGAUCGUAAAAAAAAGGAGUCCGACGCUGUCACGCACACCCGAACAUGAGGAGCGUGAGGCCUUGCUGAGUGACGUCUCAGGCGAUGUGAGCCUACGGGCAUGACAGGCUUCGCCGUUAGUGUUUGAAACAGUGGCGGAACUUUCAACUCGGUAUGGGUUCGGACGCACGUGGAUCCAGACUCUCUGAUGGACGGAAUACUUCGCGAACUUUCGGGUGGCAGCUGUUGCUCUGCUGCUUCGUCGGAGGUCUGCUUGACAACGGAGGCUGCACUUCCAAACCAAGGUUCCUGGGCGGGAUCAAGAAUGUCACGGUAGCGCUGGGGAGAGAAGCUACGCUCGAAUGUGUCAUCGACAACUUAGGCAAAUUUAAGGUGGCGUGGAUGAAGGUGGACUCGGAAACAUUACUGACUUACGAUCGUCACACUAUAGUCAAUGACGUCCGGCUUCGAGUAACGCACAACAACGAACGCCAAUGGUUUCUGCAUCUGCGAGACGUUGGACCGAAAGACAAGGGAUUCUACAUGUGCCAGAUCAACACAGAGCCCAUGAUGUUCGAGACUGGAUUCCUAGAUGUACUCGUUCCACCUCGCAUCCUGGACCAGGGCACGAGCUCAGACACUACGGUGGACGAAGGCUCCAAGGUCAGCCUUCAGUGCCGUGCAGAUGGCUACCCCAAGCCGACCAUCAUGUGGAGAAGAGAAGAUGGAAGGGAAAUCAACUUGGAACGCUACAGCGGACGGAGAAAUUCAGUGAUGACAGUUGAAGACGAGUUUCUCAACAUCAGCCAAGUUAGCCGUGAAGACAUCGGAGCCUACUUGUGCAUUGCCAGGAACGGUGUGCCACCAUCUGUUAGCAAAAGAAUCAUGCUUCAUGUGAAUUUCCGACCCAAAAUUCGCGUGUCGGAGCAGCUUGUAGGAGCUGCAGUGGGUACGUCAGUGUUCCUCGAGUGCCUGGUAGAGGCUUCGCCGCGUCCACUGACUUCCUGGAUCCGCGGUGACGGCAUGAUCCUCAUCGACACGAAGAAGUAUCGGUCGACGGAAGACUGCGACUCCUACCGGUACCGAAUGAGACUGCAGAUCAACGACCUUCAAAAGACAGACUACGGGCAUUACAAGUGCCACGCCAAGAACACGUUCGGAGAAAAAGAAGGCUUCAUACGACUGCACGAUAUUCCACAUCCCACAACCUUAGCCCGUCCCACGCCCUCUCCUGAAGAAACCAUGCAAAAGCUCAGAGACAAGCAAGCUGAAUCACAGGACGAGUCCCAACAGUCUAAAUUCCACAGCGGGUCAUCGCUGCCUGCCACAAAGCCACAGCUUGACGAGAUCUCCCAAAGGUUGGCAGAACAAGGAAUAGGUAUUCCUUCAAAAGAAGAAACCCGAUCCGAUGAUCGGGGCUUAACGCAUUUGCAUCUGGAGCCGCCAGGCAGAAGCAGAAGUACAAAUAUGAAUGCUGCAUACGCGAUGAAGACACCGGACUAUGUACUCAUGAUAGCAGCCACCGGUGUAUUAUUCUCCGUGCGGUGGCAAUAGAUUGUCUGGUGUCUGCCCGUAACUGGACGACCACGGCUUUUCACCACCUCGAACAAAAGAUGAAGUGCAAUAGAGCAGGUUGUUGACAUGUUACUCAAGCAGUUCGACAUUGCUCCAGACCCUUCCGCAUCUACGAGAACUCUGAAUAUCUAGCCACCUUUCGGUCGAUGUAGAUGUUACCUGAAGACAGCCAGCUUGUUAGCACGUACUUCGUGCGCGUUGGACUCCUGUUCGCUGAAGGUGAAGAAGGUGCAGUGUACAGAAACCAUGGGAGAAUCUCGGCACGUUGCAGUGGCUGUGGGAAAAGGUGCUCUCGAAAGGUGACCCGCAAGAAGCCUUACUCUUCACAGAAUUGCACUCUGAGGGAGUAAGAAACGUAUGUAAGAUAGGGUUCUCAAUGUUAUCCACUGGUGGAAACACAAUGCGACUCAGAGUUAUCCCUGAAGCGCACAACGAUACUGAUUACCUACUCAGUAACAGCACUCGCUUUCUGGGCCUAUUUCGUAUCAAUAGUUGAUGCUGCCACAGGGGUGAAGCUCUAUCUCACACUUUCUCUUCCAGAAUACGAUUUUGUAAGCGUGAAUGGGAGCUAUACCACAGGAGAAACUUUCCAUUGGCUUCUUGCAGGUCAAAGUAUAUUACAGUAAACGUGAAAACAGAAUGCAAUCCACACAAGAAAGAUAGUAAAUCAUAUGCGAAUCUUUAUGAUUUUUCAUUUUAUUUUUCGUGUAGAUAUGAACCCGGAAUAUUUCGAAAAGCUUCGGACUGAGGCGUAGAUGGUAAAAAAAAGUCGUUGUCAUCCAUACGCAUGAGCAUAUGUGACAAUUGCAGUCUUAUUGUUGGAAUAAUCGCAUGCACACCUGGAGAACCUGUCAGGUUUCUAAAAUGAUCAUAGGUGCUCAGCAUAGCGAGAGAUACGUUACAAGAAUUAUCCAGUUGAUAAAUUACACGUUGGAUCAAUUAUCUGAUACGGAAUCUGCGACUGGGCCCCUCAUCAGGGAACACGGAAUCCUUUAAGUUCAAGUCAAGCAGAUGAAGCUAACAUCUACAUUUAUCAGCACGUCUGAUGCAUGAACAACGCAUAAGGACUACUACACCGCCUGCCGAUACACCAAAAUACCUCCUUCUUCUUCAGAAGUAUUUUUUUCUGCUGCUCUGUGACUGCUUUCCGUUAACUAAAUCAGCUACUCAAUACAAACCCGGACGUUACAGACGUGAAAAAGGCAGUUUCUCGUCGGCAUCAAAACGUUUCAGGUACGGGUGUUUCAUUGAGAUGGAAUCUCUCGGUGCACAGGUAGAGAGAAACGGAAUUUUUCGAGCGCCAUCACCUGGCGCUGUUAACUGCGCUUGUGGAUAGAAGUAUUGUACGCAUGCUAUGCCAAUCAAUGCAAUGGCAAACUCGGUACAUCCUCUACUCGAUGACGAUAAUCACGUGACACUCUCCUAGCGAUGUACCGCUAUUUCACCUAUUUCACUGCGCCUGCGAUAGUCGCGUAACCAUCGUGCACAGUGGGACUUAUGGUCAGCCGUUCGAUCCCGGAACUUAUUGUCCUGGGCACAGAGUGUCGUCUGCAUAGCUCAAGAAUAAUUUCCGGGGAGCCAACGCCCGAGCCGCUUCGGUCACAGAUCUCUUCGCAUGCAUGCACUAUUAACAUGCAUGCACACCAUCUUGGGUGUAAUAGGAUGAUACCCUAACUGAUUACUUUUUUGGUGUAAAUCGACACCCUAAGAUGGAAGUACACCCUCCAGGAGAGGUGCUAAUCAACACCAUCUGGGGGUAUAAUUGAAUGAUACUGAUUCCAUUUUUGGUGUAAACCAACACCCUCAAACAAUGGUCUAUAACGUGGUCAGCUUUGUUUCCACAGUGAGUGUAUUACGCAUAUCAGCCAAUAUAAGUUCAUAACAUGAAAAUUUAAUGCACUGCGGACCUAUAUUGUGCCAAUAUGGCAAUUCCAAACUGGUGCCAUAUUUGAGCAAUAUGCGGUCUGAUACAGGGAUAUACGUUUGGAUAAGAAUAUACUCUCUCAAAUUUAGUGAUAGGUUUGCAACAUCACAUCAAUGGGAUAACGAACCAAAAGCUCAUUUAGAAAGGCAGUGGCAUUUCCUUUCUAAGAGAAAACAGAUACUAUAUACAUUGCUUGUCUUGUGAGCGCCUGCAAAUUCGAGAGCCCUGCUCGCCUUCGACUCAAAACGAAUGGUGAGGCGUCUAAGUAUAAUUUCAUUACAUAUACAAAAAAAAAAGGUGAAGUGAGGACAUGUUUGGAGUAUCAACUCACCAUCAAGUUGUCGUCUGUGUUUCCUACUGGUCUUGGCAUCAGGGGCGUAUACUCGACUUUCAUAUUCCACGAGAAUGCUAAACAUUUUGCUCAGUUACACCCUUUUCACACCAGUAGCCACAGACACACCCUCAAAAUCGGCCUCUGUAACCAUUGCAUCCAUCUAACACCCCCCACAGAAACCUUUCUUUUUUUUUUUUUUUUUUAGGAAGCUUUAAAAGGGGCGUGAAAAACGAUUUACACCCAAAUUACACCGCAUUUGCACUGAAAAGGGUGUUCAGAAUUUCAGAGUGUGCACUUGCUCACAUACAAAAAAAAAAAAAAAAACGAACAAAGUUUUCAUCCAGACAACGUGUCGGGCUGGUAGACAUGAUGAUGGUUUGAGGACCACCAUGUUCCGCGUUCCCAGAAACAUUCCCAGCACGCAGUGCUGGCCACAGGCACUAAUUUGAACUGGCGAUAUUGCAUGCAUUCACCUCAUGCCAAUGCAUCGGAGUAUUAUAACGGAAGCGAAUUUAAAGAGGGGAAGUUAUAAUGCCUCUGGCACUUUCAAGUGUGCUGCAUAAUCACGUUUGUCUCGUUUCGAAUUUGAUAUGUUAACCGUGGACCCAAAUUCUCGCAGCGGCAUGAUAGGAAGCGGCUCUUGACGCGGACAAGGUCUUCAGGACGAGACGCCGUCAAUUAUAGCACGUCGAAUUUCAGUCUGAGGGGGCCUUGACGGCUACCUGCCUCAGUCGCGUCACCUAUAGGUUGAAUUGCACCCCGUGUUCACCCUAGAAAGCGCACGAAAUGCAGACGGUCUGCCCUCACAGAGUUACGCCGAGAGAACGUUACACUGUAUUCUAAUAACUUUCUUAUUUAGCUUCGUUUGUAUACUUGUCAGGCAACAUAUUCUUAGAAGCGCUUCCUCGUUUCCCUUGUUUUCCCAAGAGAGAGUUCUAGCAUACCAGUACCAUUCACGGGAAGCAGUGUCAGCUUCAUCGAUACAGUGCGCAAGCGCGAAUGACAUCACGCAAGUGGCAGGGCGACCACUCGGAGACAAAUUGAUGGUGAUACGUAUACAGCUCAUCCCGCUGUUUCUAUACCAUCACUGCAGCAUCACAUCUCUCUUGCUUAUUCUUCUAUGUGGGUUUAUGCUAUAGGCAAGAAAAAUAAAUACGACAAAACCCAGCCCUCAAGCACUGAGGGUACUUUAAAUAAAUAAAUAAACACAUUCCAAACGACAUGAGCAGGACUAGCAUACACUCUUCGUGAGUGCCGCAUUCUCCAUUUUAUGUUUUUAUAUUUUUUUCUACACCAAACCAAACCGAAACGACAUGAGCCCGUAAACGCAUUGCAUACGACACUCAUUCGAUUCGUCUGUUCAGCAUUAGUCCAUGAAGGAAUAUUUGCCUUACCAACCUCACUGCCAUAGAUACCUGCACUAUUCAAGACGACGUCGCCAUUGAGUCUCGUUCGCGAAUACCGUAGACUAUUCUCUGAAGUGCACGGUUUCCUGGGAGCGGUACGCUGAAACUCUCUAUUGCUCUUUUUUAUGUCAACCAUCUUAAAACCACCUACAAGACCAAUGUGUCUUUCUUCGUAUGUUCUAUCACUCAUAAUGAUGUCACGUAGGAUGGCAAGUACUCUCGUGGCGACUUCAAGUACAGAUACCAGUUUUUUGUUCCUCUUCGAAGGCCCUUGCAAUACCCACACACGUAAUCUCGAAUACCAAAGAUAGCAAGAAAAAUGAAAACAUCGCUACGUCCCACCACGGGAUGUGGAGCAAGUACCUUGUACUGACUCUUCAAAAAUGCAACGAACAGUGGACGUUUCUCUCUCUGUAUCACGAAUAUUUGCUCCCUCGUCUCCUAGGGCGGUAGCAUUCUUUCUUUUAGUCAUAUACUUAAUCAAUAAAUCCAGUGUUACAUGCGAUCCCUCUAUAAAGUCAUGCCUCAGACGGAUAACCACAUCGAAAAGAAGUACGUUACCUUAACAUUCACGUAAUGGUUGUGCCAAACAUGCACUUAGCGAGUAGUUGAGAGGUAAUCUAUACGGCGCGAAAAGCUCAAGAACCGUACAGACGCAAAGCUUCGAGAACGUGUUGUUUUACGUGCUACCAUGUUUUACAGAGUCACCAACAACUGGAGGUCUUCUCGAACCAUCUUGCUGUCUAGCAGGGUAUACCAGUGGGCUACGUAACAAAAUGCCAGGGCGAAACGUCAAGCGGAUAAUACAUAUCAGCAUCAAACCCGAUCCCAAUACAACAACUAUAUCAUCUAUGCCGGUUUAUUGCGCAUAUUGCGCCAGCUCUGCUCGAGACCUGGUAGUACUGGUGUUGUGGCGCAAUAGAAGCGCACCAAUGACGUACAAUUCCAUUUCCCCUUUGCUUAUUUAGUUGGUGACUACGGAACCCACCUUUCGAAACACCAGGAUGACCGUUUUCUCGACCGAAACUUCCUCCUACUUCUCAGCUCAGGCUACGGCUCUGAGCUCGUGCUGUUCAGGCUGAAAAAGUGCACCACAUGGCAUAUCACCGUGUAGCGGAACGACGGCUCGAAAUUAUCAGGGAGCCUUCAGGUGUGACGUCGUCAUGUCCAUAAUAUAGUCGUGUGUCAUACUGCAGCUGAACUUAAUAUUGAGCUCCGAGACUAGGUUGCUCAAAGCCUAUCUGAUUCAGGCGUGACACAGCUGCCAGCUCAAACGGGAAACUCGUGGAUGAUCUAAUAUUCGCAAAAAUAAACGACGGCAAGAUAUCUCAACUCUUCAUUAUGGAGUUUAUCUAAACUACUAUGAAGGUGAAACUAACGUGACGCAAUCGUCACGUUGCAGUUUCACCAUGUAGUUUUUUUUGUUUGUUUUUUCACCACUGUCCAAUACUGCCUGGUUCCAGCAUACCCCAGCGGUGCCCCAGCAAUCUCCUAGCAUUAACCUGCUCAAAAAGAGGUCUAUAUAGAUUAUCACUCGGUGCUAUUGUCUCUUUAGCAAUUCAUAAAUAAAGACGACGGGAAGCAAUUCUUCUUCGCUGAGAUAUCAUCUCCGAUUCGAAGAACUCAUUUACCGUGGUGGGCGUGCUAGAGCACGUGCACUCCAGGUAUCUACCGAUGUGGUAUGGGGUGGGCUACGCACCGCUAUGUUGCUGGCAGUUAGACAAAAUAUUUUGUUUAUCAUUUUGGCGUAUAUGAACAAAGAACAAAGAAUAUCUGUGUAAGACAAGCAUAGAGCAUGGACACGGAGCCACUGACAUAUCUCUUCCUGAACGUACUUCAAUGGAAGCAACUAUCAACGUAUCGCAGCCCUGACAACUGCCUUACUAAACACACUUGCGUGGGUUUUGAGAAUCAUAAUGCGAAGCAUAUCAUGUGUAUGCUAUUUCAAACACGCUGAUGUGCAUGUACAUUUGUAAAUGAACAAAUGAAAACUUAUUUGGAAGAAACUGCAUUAAAUAAAAUACUGAGUUAGUCA